GGGAAUUUAACGUUCGCGCACUCAGCUGUGGGACGGCCAUUCGUCAGUGGUUCUGCUGCUCUGAGACAGCGGUCGUUACUCGGGGCCGACGAACUCGGAAUUCCGGCAGCCAGCGACCGUCGGACGAGUAGCUUGCCACAUGAAACGACAGGACAACGGCCUCUGAAGCGGCGAGCGUACCGACAUCGUAAACGAGGUGACGCGCUUUGCCUGUGGAGGAACGCUUCAAACAUGGCGAGGCGUAACGCCACCACGACCGUUGGCUACGCUGACGAAAACUCGAGGCCUUUUAACCUGGCCCCCAAGCUAACCACGAACGCAGAGAAGACCUCCUUGCCAGCUAUUCCCAAGAGACAAGCACUGGGAUGCAUCCAGACUAACCGUGUAGCAGAAAAAAAGCCGUUGGCGAAGCGAGACUGCGGCAACCAGCAGCAGCCAAUUGCCCUCAGAAGGUCGGCACGGCUUGGAGCAUCCACUACAGAGAACGCUCGGCCGACUGGCCGUUUUGAAGUGUUUGAAGAAGGUUCCUGCGAUGCUUCCGAACAGCCUCGCGCGGAGCGCACAGUUCAAGCUGAUGAGGUGGCUCCUUCUGCGAGCCAACCCCUCUGCCUCGCCGUUCCCUCGGCAUCUGUAAACUCCACGGCGGUGCCCAUGUCGCCUGACUGUCGCAUGGAAGAUGAAGCACUUCCGCCUGGUGAAUCUCCCAUGGUCCUGGACACGUCUCUCCACACACUCGAGCCCCUGAGCUACAGUGACGUCCGGGAUCAAGAAUCCAGUGCAGAAUAUGCACAGGACAUAUGUAAUUACAUGAGGGAGCUGGAGGUAAGGAUGGCCUGCAAAGCAAACUACAUGCGGAAGCAGCCAGACAUAACUUCAUCCAUGCGCACCAUCCUCGUUGACUGGCUUGUCGAAGUGGCAGAGGAAUACCAGCUGCACACUGAAACGCUGUUCCUCGCAGUCUCCUACGUCGACCGCUUCCUGUCAAGCAUGUCGGUGCAGCGUACAAGGCUACAACUUGUCGGCACAGCUUCUCUUCUCAUUGCCGCGAAGUUUGAAGAGAUUUACCCUCCAGAAGUCAGUGAGUUCGUGUACAUCACUGAUGACACUUACACCAAGCAGCAAGUCUUGCGAAUGGAGCAAGUGGUCCUCAAGGUUCUUUCCUUCGACGUUUCUUCCCCAACGGCCUAUGCCUUCUUGCUACGUUUUGCAGAAGUUAACAAGUGCCCGGACACGGUUACCUAUCUUGCCCAGUACUUCUGCGAGCUUGCACUCUUAGAGGAUGAACCUUACCUUCAGUAUCUACCCAGCAUCAUUGCCGGUGCUGCGCUCUGCUUGGCCAACCACACUCUCAACAGGCAUCCAUGGGGCCAGGAUCUCGUUUCCUUCUCGGGCUAUGAAGUGCACGCUUUCCGGGAGUGCAUCCAUUCUAUGUACAGCACCUUCUGUAACGCAGCCAGCCGCGACCAAAAGGCUGUGCAUGAGAAGUUCAAGAGUCCAAAGUUCCACUCGGUCGCCCACCUAAAGCCUUCACAGAUGCUGCCCUUCUAAGUCCUAGCGUGCACAAUGGGCAUUUUGUGAACAAAGUAUUCGCCUGCAUGUAUUUUUCUGCUCCAUCGCUGGAAGCCUUUUGCAUAUGGCGUGCAAUUUUCAUUGCUGCAGUUUACCAUGAUGACGUGUCUUGUAUUCUGCAGUGGCGAAACAUGCUCUUAGUAAACUGCACCGACUUCAGCGUCCAUGCUCUGGCAUAUGGCAUUUCUAGUAUUUGUUGAUAAUUUUUUAGCCUUUUAAAUGCUGACCUCAUUUGCAAGAUACACGUGUGCCACUUGAGCUGCAAAGCUCGUGUGCACGGUGUCGAGGCCAAUCAUGAAUUUUCCAUAGUUUCUGCAUUCCAUGGGAUGUAAUGGCCUUAGCAUUGUCAUCUUUCCUGUACAUAGAUCGUGGUCCAAAAGUUUUUUUACAUGACAAUAAACGUCAGAUGCUCACCACAAAGUGA